UGUGAGGGAGACCGCGAGGGAGAGGGGCCCUCGCUGGGCCCACCAGAUCUUCUCUGGUGAGCAGCCCCCAGCCUGGCCCAGGGCAUGCCCCAGUUCACUUUCGCUUGCUUCUGUGGCCUCCACGGUUUCUGCAAGAUGAAGAGGAAGAAGGAGGAAGUUCACAGAGAGCGGGAAACGGCGGUGUGA